AUGAAGACGUCCGCCUCCAUCUGCGCCCUCGUCGCUGCCCUCGGUGUCUCUGCCAAAACCUACGAUGUCUACCGCCAGGCACCGCAGCCCCAGCAGCGUCACCGCGUCAUGCUUGCCGCUACUGCUGCAGACGCCGCCACCAACAAGGCGCCCGAGUCCGUCCGCGGCGGCGCCUGGCUCACGGCAGAUGACAUCGGCGCCGCCGUCGGCACCAUCGUCGUGCCCCAGGCGCGCAUGCCUACCGAGGGCCCCACGGGCAACAACCAGGCCGGCCUCUACAUGGCCAGCUUCUGGGUCGGCCUGGGCUGCGCCGACACGGCCGACUCGCCGCUGCUGCGCGCCGGCGUCGACAUCUUCUGGGACGGCGGCAUGGAGACGUACAACGCCUGGCACCAGUGGUACCCGAACCCGUCGACGGCCUUUGACGUGAGCGCCGGCAACUUUAGCAUCGUGCCCGGCGACAGGGUGCGCAUGGGCGCCGUCGCGCCCGGCGAGGACGGCACGCCGGGCCUCGUGCGCGUCGAGAACCUGUCGAGGGGCGGCGAGGUGCGCUACGAGUUCGCGGCGGGCCAGGGCGCCGGCGCCGCGCCGUGCGGCACGGGCGCGGCCUGGGUGGUCGAGGACUUUACGCUCGCGGGCCUGCCCGACGUGCCGGUCGCGCUGGCCAACUUUAGCUCGACGACCUUUGAGGACGCCCACGCCCUCACGGCGGCCAAGCACGCGAGGACGAUCAGCGCCAAGAAGGCCAGGCUGUUUGACAUCAGCCUGCAGGACCAGGGCGGGAAGCUCACGAGCUGCAGCAUCUCGGGCAGGAAGAAUGUUGUGUGCUCGCGGAUGGUGGAGAAUCCGUGA